AUGACUCCGCCUUCACGAGCCAUUUUCGAGCCCUUUCCUACCCAUCUAAAUCUGGAGGAGCUAGUGGAAACCGCGGACAACUUUGAGUUUGCGAAGCGCAUUACAUGUCAGUCAAUUGAUGGGCAGCCGCGGGAGGACUUUGAUAAGCUCGUUCUGUUCCACGUUAUCAUGCUAGGAGAACCCUUAGUGAUUGAGGGGUUUCAAGAGUAUUUGGAUAAACCACUGUUCUCUUCCAAGUGGUUACAGCAGAAUUGCCAAAAUCGCGCCUCUAACUCUGCACCAGGCGAACAGGUGCGUGAUUUGAAACGUGGAAUCAACAUCCCCAUGAGCACGGCACAUUAUUUAAAGAGCUUGCCAACGCUCUCGGCGCCUGUACUCUCACCUGUGCCCCGCACAGAUCAAAGAUUGUAUUUGAAGGAUAUGGACUGCCCUCCGGAGUGGCAGCGAUCCCUGGAGAAAAUCAUUCCACCAUCGUUGUUUUACUUCAAUGAUGGUCCCAAGCCAUACAAAGGCCCAGGGUCUGAAUUUACUUGCCAGGCAGAAUAUGCCAGGACGCCAGAAGGGGAUACCAUUGCCAAAUCAGGCGAUUUAAUGAGCUGUUUGCCUGAAGAAAUGCGGGCCCAAAAUCUCAUGUGUUACAUUGGCCCUGAAGGCACCUACACCCCUGCGCAUCAGGAAAUGUGUGCCAGUCUAGGCCACAAUAUCAUGGUGGAGGCAUCAGAUGGAACUAUGGAGAGUGGACAGGCCACCCGGUUAGGAUCAUCGGUUUGGUUCAUGACGGAAACGAAAGAACGCGAUAUUGUGUCCGACUAUUGGGCCUCGGUGCUUGGUCAUGAUAUUGACCUGGAAGAUCACUUUGCGCAACUCAAUGCAUGGGUAGGCGCACCCUUCAAGACCUACGUGGUAGAACAGAGGCCUGGGGAUCUCAUCCUCAUCCCACCGCUGGCAGCCCAUCAGGUCUGGAAUCGGGGUACGCGCACCAUGAAAGUGGCUUGGAACCGGACCACGGUGGAGACUCUAAGGAUGGCCAUGAAUGAAGCACUUCCUCACGCACGGAUGGUGUGCCGUGAUGAGCAAUACAAGAACAAAGCCAUCGUCUUUCAUGCGCUCGAACAUUAUUCAAGAUUGUUACGAGGAGAGGGCUCGACGGGGGACCAUCCCGCAGUUCGGCAACUGUGGGAAGAUUUUGAAAAGUUAUUUUUAAUCUUCACGGAUGUCCUCCUCUCAGAAAACCUUCCCCCCAACUUCCCUGGAGAAAAAGGCAUUGAGUAUGUCAAAUUUGACAGCAAUAUCACCUGCUCAUACUGCCGGUGUAAUAUUUUCAAUAGGUUCCUGACUUGCUCUUCUUGUGCCACGGAUGGGAAUGACGCAUAUGACAUUUGUUUGGAUUGCUAUGUGUUGGGCCGGAGCUGCCAUUGCAUUUCCAAGUUGAGAUGGGCUGAGCAAUUCCCAUGGAAACUUCUUCGCGACAGACAUGCCACAUUUCGCCGUCAAAUCAUCGGGCUCAAAAAUGAUAAAGACCGCAAAGUUCAAUUUCCCCUGCUCGCCGUUGCACUAGCCCAGUCAGGUCGCAAGUCAACGGCGCAAAUUUGUCUAGAGCAACUGGCUGCUAGACCUUGGGUCGAUCCUCAAAACCCAAACCUGAAACAGUUAACUUGCCCCACUCCUUCUGGCACUGAUGAUGAUGAUGAUGACCAGCCACGAAAAAAACGAAGGACCCAGAAAAAGGGUGAGAAAACCGGGUCGUGUCACAUGUGUAAGAAUGUUGAACCUCUCUGGAAGCUGGCAACAUGUUCGGAUUGUCAAUUGAAAUAUUGCUAUGCCAUCCUCUACCGCGCAUUUGAUAUUCCACCCCAGGAAGCGAUGGAGUGCUCUCACUGGUUGUGCCCUCGAUGCAACAAGAAAUGCAAUUGCACGCCUUGCCAAAAAGACCCGACUAUGACCCCCCAUGAGCCCUACCAUGUAUUACUGGGACACGACACAAAAAAAAUUGCCGAUCCGCGAAGUGUCGAAUCCUUGGUGACAUUGCGUCUUCCGAAUCUCAGGUGGCUUCCCAGCCUGGAAGAAAAUAGCCAACGACGUCUGAAACAACGAAUGGAGGAGGCCGAACAGAAGCGGCAAAAAAUGUGGAAGGAUAACGCGAUUCUGAUGGAUCCUAUGCAGCAAGUUUCAUUGAACGGCGACUCGGAAGAAUGCAACACUCCAAGUUAUAUCCCAGUGGACCCUGCACUGGAACUUGGAAAUGGCUCAUUUGCGACCUCGGGCCAGAAUGACACUUAA